UGUUGGGUUGCCAAGAUAUGGUCUUUAAGUGACUAUAAAAAAAAGUCAUUGAAGUCGUAUUAUCUGAAAAUUAAAACAUUCAAGUAUGGCCGUAACUAUUUCAAAACAUUGUUUGAAUUAAAAGGGAAAAGAAGAAGAAGAAGAAGAAGAAGAAGAAGAAGAAGACGAAGAAGAAGAAAAAAUUCCAAAAAAAGGAAAGGAAGGAAAAAUCUGAAAAUUAAAAAGGAAAAAGAUUUCGGAAUAGAUUUGUGAAUUUGGGCCUACAAUUAAAAAGCGCCGACUGCAUAGCAAUCUGCCGAUUGAAUCGAUGAGUCUUUCUCUCUUAUUCGCAAUCUUCAUGUUCUUCUGCUUCUGUUUCGGCUUGUGAAGACCCAAAUGCUUCGUCCCCACAAGAAUCUAUGCAGGUUCAUCUAUGGCCUGAACCACCAUCAAUUCCUUCACUGUAUACGUUCAGCAUCCACUUAUCAACACAACCACAGAAACAAUGGCCCACAUGGAAAUCUUCCAAAGAAAGAUGAGAACGAAGAAGCCCAUUUGUAUUUCUACAAGAGCAGAGGCCAGCACAUUCUUACAAACCAACGAAUUCUGGACUCUAUUGUUCGAAAAUCUGCAAUACUUCCGACCGAUACGGUCUUGGAGAUCGGACCCGGCACUGGAAAUUUGACAUUGAAGCUUUUGGAAGCCUCUCAAAAGGUCAUAGCCGUUGAAAUCGAUAAAAGAAUGGUCGAGGUUCUUCACAGACGCGUGGCGGAGCACCAACUUGAAGACCGCAUUUGUGUCAUAUGUCAAGAUGCUUUGAAAUGCGAGUUACCUCAUUUCGACCUCGUUGUGGCCAACAUCCCUUAUGGUAUAUCUUCCCCGCUUGUGGCCAAGUUGGUAUACGGGACAAUUCCAUUCCGGAGUGCCACGCUUCUACUUCAGAAGGAGUUUGCACGGCGGUUGUUGGCGGAUCCUGGUGAUUCUGAGUAUAAUCGUUUGGCUGUUAAUGUGAAACUGGUGGCUGAUGUGGAGCAUGUCAUGGAUGUAAGCAAGAGGGACUUUGUUCCUUGUCCUAAAGUCGACUCAUCUGUGGUGUUAAUCCGGCCCAAGAAGGAAGUUCCAGAAGUGAACCUGGAAGAGUGGCGGGCGUUCACUAGAACUUGCUUUGGCAAGAAGAAUAAGACACUUGGGGCAACAUUCAAGCAGAAGAGGAAGCUGAUGGACCUUAUGCACUCAAAUUCAGAGGAGGGGUUUAAUUCCUUCCGGGAGACGGUCAUACAGGUUCUAAAAUCUGGGGACUUUGAAGAUAAAAGGCCUGUGAAGUUGUGUAACGAAAAAUUACUACAUUUGCUAGCAUUGUUUAAUCAAUCUGGAAUUUAUUUUGACAAUAGAUCGGAGCUUCAAGAUGCUGAAAGAAGUGUCUUAGCUGAUGCCUAUAGUUCAGAACAAGAGUAAUUUUCCUGCUUCAUUCUCAAUGGUCAGGGCAGUAGCCUCUGAGAACUAGAUAAUAGUCUUCCUUUUGGCGUUUCACUGUACUUUCUUAUUUAUCACUUGAAUUGUAGUUCAUAGUCUUCUCAGGAAAGAAAUAUCAUUUUUUAAAGUUAACUCGGGGAAUUUGCCUCACGAAUUGGUAGUUUGUAUAACUUAAAGUUAAAAAAUGGAGCCUGUUUUGAUUA